AUGGAAUCCCAACUACGAAGGCGUGGUCUCUUUGGUGGCGGAGUGUUUGUGGAGGUGUGCUGCAUGCAGCCAAUUGACGUGGUAAAGACCAGGUUUCAGAUCCAGGGAGUUACAAGUGAUCCGUCUCGCUACACCUCCAUCCUUGACUGCAUCACUAGAAUGAUCAGAAAUGAAGGAUUCUUCUCUCUGUAUAAGGGGAUUCUACCACCAGUAGUGGCUGACACUCCGAAGAGAGCUGCAAAAUCGUUGGUGACUGCAGGACUGGCAAGUGGGACGGUAGAAGGAGCAAUCAUAGCACCUUUCGAGAGGGUUAAAGUGUACAUUCAGGUCCAGAGACAACGAAUGUCGGAAAUGCCGAACACUUGGCUGGUGGCGAGGGAAAUAAUCAAACGAGAUGGGUGGGGCACCAGGGGACUGACUAAAGGUUUUCAUGCAACAGUCUUGAGGAAUGCUAUGUUCAACGCUGUCUACUUUGGCUCCUAUUACAACAUGAAAUACUUCCUCAUACCACCAGAGAAACAAGACUCAAUUCCACUGAGACUGUGUCUUGGGUUCACAGCUGGAGCUCUGUCCAGCCUGGGGAACCUCCCAGUGGACGUGGCCAAGAGCAGGAUCCAGGCUUCUCAAUCCCCCAAGUACACCAGAACCUUCCCCACUAUCCUCACCGUCUGGAGGGAGGAAGGGUUUUUAGCUUUAUACAAAGGUCUUUUACCAAAGAUUAUUCGAUUUGGGCCAGGUGGUGCAAUUAUGUUUGUUGUGUAUGAACAGGCUUCAAACUAUCUAGAAACAGAGUGGGGACUUUGAUGUUUUUACAUCUUUUUCUGUACAAAACAACACUCCUCUUCCAGCAAGACAGACC